AUGGAACCCAAAUUCUUGAUUUCACCGUAUAAAGCCCCACCGUCGGUUUGCGCUCUCCCGUUCUUCCUCUCGUUCAAUUCAUCCCUGUUUCAAAAGCCCAAGUCUUGUUCUGAUAUCCGCGUAUCUGUUUCAUCCAACAAUCCGAAGAAGACGGCAUUUUUGGGACAAAAUCUAGUGUUUCGAAAAAAUUAUGAAUUGCCCACAAAUUUGAGCACCCGUUUUCCGGUGACAAGAGCCGGCCCCGUGAAACGGAGGAAAGAGCUCCCCUUUGACAACGUUAUCGAAAGGGACAAGAAGCUCAAGGUGGCCCUCAAAAUCAGGAAAAUACUCAUGAGCCAGCCGGACCGGGUGAUGGCCCUCCGUGAACUGGGCCGAUUCAGAAAAGCCCUCGGGCUGCACAAGCGGCGCCGUUUUAUAGCCCUCCUCAAGAAAUUCCCGGCCGUGUUUGAGGUUGUGGAGGAAGGCGCCUACUCCCUCAAGUUCAAACUGACUCCAGAGGCCGAGAGGCUUUACCUCGAGGAGUUGAAGAUCAGGAACGAGAUGGAGGACUUAUUGGUCAUUAAGCUCAGGAAACUGUUGAUGAUGUCGAUCGACAAGCGUAUUCUCCUGGAGAAAAUCGCGCAUUUGAAGGCCGAUUUUGGUCUUCCUACUGAGUUUCGUAACACAAUAUGCCACCGGUACCCUCAGUACUUUAGGGUUGUCCCGACAGGGCGGGGUCAGGCCCUCGAGCUGACCCACUGGGACCCGGACCUAGCGGUUUCUGCUGCCGAGCUUGCGGAAGAGGAGAAUAGACAGCGGGAAUUGGACGAGAAGGAUUUGAUUAUUGAUAGGACGCCAAAAUUCAUUAGAGUGAAGCUCCCGAAGGGCCUCAACCUGUCGAGAGGCGAGAUGAGGAGGAUCGAGCAGUUCAGAGACAUGCCCUACAUUUCUCCUUAUUCGGACUUCUCGGGCUUGCGGGCAGGCACGCGUGAGAAGGAGAAGCACGCGUGUGGGGUGGUACACGAGAUCCUGAGUCUGACGGCCGAGAAGAGGACACUCGUGGAUCACCUGACCCACUUCCGGGAGGAGUUCAGAUUCUCCCAGCAGUUGAGGGGAAUGCUGGUACGCCAUCCGGACAUGUUCUAUGUGUCACUCAAGGGGGACAGGGACUCGGUUUUCCUCCGGGAGGCGUAUAGGGACUCACAGUUGAUCGAGAAGGACAAGAUGCUGCUCGUGAAGGAGAAGUUCCGGGCGCUCGUGAAUGUUCCGAGGGUUGGCAGGCAGCAGCGCAGCGAGGAUGAACAAGAGGGUGAAUCUGAUAUGGAUGAGUGGUCGGAUAUUGACGAUUUAGAAAGUGAUGAGUAUGAUGAUGAUGGUGAUAAUGAUGAUGAGAAUGGGGAUGAAUGGAGUGAUGAUGAUGAUGGUGAUGAUGAUGUGCCUCCAGAUUUUAAUGAUGAGGAAUACGAUAGUUUGCAAGUUGGGAAGAUGGGCAAGAAUGUUAAUGGGUCUAGCAAGAAUCAGGACAAAAAGGUUCUUCUUCCCGUUUUUCCGGACGGGCGGCCUAGGGAACGCUGGUAG